AUGAGCUUCUCACUCACGUUCUCGGAGCUGGUCAACAUCGCCAUCCCGCAAUGCGGGGUGGUGAACUUCAAGGCCCUGCACCUCCUGCUCCAGGGCAUCCUGGAGCACAUCCACAUGGCCAACCUUGAGAAGGUCCUCUCGGGGGACGAGGACUUCCUCCACACCUCGCCAGCCGCGUUCAUUCCCCGGGAAGGAGAUGUCCAGCCCAUCCUCAACCCCAUAAAGAGGCUUGGCAAUGUCUUUGACCACCUGAUGAGCCGCACAGACAAGCUGGAGAGCCAGCUGGCCAUGCUGCGGGAAUUGCCCUCCACUUCCCAGCUGCUGGAGGGCAGCCAGGGCACUGGCCAGCCCGCCCAGGACCUGUGGAACCUGAUAAAGCUCCGGAAGAUAGUGGAGGGCAACGAGGAAGCUGUGGCCAAGUCCAUGAAGAUCCUGCAGGAUUUGCUCACUGACAUUUAUGCACUCAAGGUCACCAUUGAAGCCCUCAGGAAGGAUAUGGCCAUGCUGAAGAACAUGGUUGACAAGAUACAUCCAGAAAGAUUAGAUGCUUUCUCUGAAGAUUUGAAAGGGCAGAACCGGAAGAUGAGCGCACUGCAGCGGGAAGUGAUUUCUCUCCAGAACAAGAUAACCACCCUCCCCAAAACCGAUGAUGUGGUGCUCUGGAGCAGCCUCCAUGAGGCCAUGUUCACCCCGCCCCCUCUUCCGCAGGGCACUGGUCCACAACUGCUGGAUGAUUCUGAGCUGUGGCAGAUUGCGGAACAUGUCGCAGAGACUGACCUUCGCCAGACCGCUGAGUACGACGAAGGAGUUGGCCGUGGCCAGGUCACGGAGGCCAUCCAGCGCCCCAGGUUCCUGGAGACCGUCUGGCAUUACCAAGUCCCAGGGCAGCUACAGGAGAAGGAGUCUGCCCAAGCAGCUCUGCUCCCUGGGGCCCAGGGGCCAGAGCAGGCCCAACUCCGGGGCUUUAGGGCCCCACCCCCAGCCACAGAGCUGGGCUCAGCUUGGCCUCGUUCACUGUGGUCACAGUAUCGCAAGGGAGACAGAUCCAAGCUCUCAGCUCUCUCAGAAAAGGAGCAAGAAUUUUCCUCUGUGGAAGUGGGAUUCCCUCAGGAUGGAACCCCCACGGCAGAGGCCUCCAAGGAAGUAUUCCCUAAGGGAUCCCAGUCUGCCAUUAAGCAGAUAAAAUCCAGUGCUGCCAUUGCGGCUGCGGCGGCCACUGCCUACGCAGCUGCAGCAGCAUCGGCAGCCCAGGCAGCUAAGGCCGCUGCCAGGCUGGUCAGGGACGCCCCUGCCACCAAACUGGCCACCAUAGCAACGGCUUCAGCCGCAUCCGGGCCCUUAGGGGUCCUUACAGACAUCCUGGGUGCAGGGGCCUCCCGCGGGGCCUUCACUGAGGACGGCGAGAUGGAAGACUUGCAGGAGGUAGACUACGAGGACUUCCUCUCUCCUUCAUUCUUUUCUGCCAGUGUCCCUCCUGACAUAGCCCUAUCCCAGGCCAUGCUGGCUGCCAAAAAGGCCAUGACCCCUGAAGACAAGAAGGAGGCUGUAAGGUAUUCCAUGAGCCAUAUAGCCCAGAUGCCCAUUAGACAUGACUCCCUGAAAGAAGAGUUUGCCCAGCUGUCAUCCAACCUGCAACAGCAUAUGACUUAUCUAGCUAAUAUGGGAGCUUCUUCCAAGCUUGGGACAACAGUGGACGUAUUGCAAGAAAAGAUUGGCAGCCUCCAGGAAUCCAGGAUGAGGGAGGAGGAACUUGAGAGAAUUUGGGGCCACCAGAUAGAGAUGAUAAAGGACCACCACCUCGUGCUGGACAGGGCAGUGAACAAGCUCCAGAUUCGCCUGGAUGAGUUAAAGGUUGUCCAUUUGCAAAUAAAAAACCUAGAAAUGUACAAGGCAGACAAAAGUGUGAUGGAGCAGGAGCUGAAAGAGAAAGCCGACAGGAGCUCCCUGGCAGGCAAGGCAAACCGGGCCGACCUGGACACAGUGGCAGUGGAGCUGAAUGAGAUGAUUCAGGGCAUGCUAUUGAGGGUUAUUGCCAAUGAGGAUGACUGGAAGAAAGCUGUGGAGCAGCUGGAAAAAGACCUGCACACCAAGCUGAUUCCCAGUGAUUUGGAUGAUCUGAAGAAAGAUAUGGAUGAGGUCUGGAAAGUGGUCAGGAAGCUGCUGAUCGAAGGCCUCCGAUUUGACCCCGACAGUGCUGCUGGCUUUAAAAAGAAACUGUUUGAGCGGGUGAAAUGUAUCUCCUGUGACCGGUCCGUGGAGAUGAUGACCAGCCCGCAACUCAUCACCAUCCGCAGUGCCCACCUGCUGUCUCGGUUGCGGCCAGCCAGUGCCAACAGCUAUGAGUACCUGCAGCGGCAACAGAUGAGGGAACAGCAGCAGCUGCAGAAGCUCCAGAACCUUGGAGCCCCUGAAGGGAGCCUGGACUCGCUGGCCUCCCAGCAGGACUGGGGUGAUGGACCUGGAAACAACACCAACCUGGAUUUCAAGUCAUGUAACUUGUCAACACUCUGCCCCUACGGGGACCCUGAGUUGUUGGACUAUGACUCCGCGGAGGUGGACAUCCUGGGAGUGGACGGGAUCCUGUACAAGGGCCGAAUGAAGAGUAAGGGCAGGGCGUGGCCACUGACCAGCGCAGAGAAGGAACUGGCAGCUGUGAAGGUUCCGCGUCCCCCAGCCCGAAGCCUGUAUGAGGGUGCACGUCCGAGUGCCUUAUUUGGUGCCACCUGCCCCCCCCUGCACCCCCGCGCAAGCAUGGGCUCAGCCACCCCAGGCCUCCAGCCGCCGGUGCCAGCUCAGCCUCCGUCUCUGCUGCCCCUACCGACGCGGCCACCGCUGAUGCUGUCCCUACAGGAUCCCCAGCCAGCCCCAGGGCCUGCCAGGCACCCCAGGCCUCUGCGCCUCAAGUCCCGGGCCAGCAUGCAGUCCUCCAAGGAGUCCACCAACCUGACUGUGUCCAAAUGAGGCUGAGCUCUUCCUGACCCAGGUGACCUACU